GGAAGGGGAAGGCCAAGGACCGUAAUCUCUGAUGAGAUCCGAGCCACUUUGGUUGAUCAUGUGGUCAACCAUGGUCUAACAAUGAGGGAAGCUGGGCAAAGAGUACAGCCAAAUUUGAGCAGGUACACUGUAGCAUCCAUCAUCCGGACUUUCCAAAAUGAGAAUAGAACUGAAAGAUUACCAACACAAGGUGGUCGGGAACGUCUUCUGUCUCCUGAACAGGAAACUGAAAUAAUCAACAUGGUCCUAGAAAAUAACGCCAUAACAUUACGGCAAAUACAAAGAAAAAUACUAGAAAACAAUGAGAUGUUUCACAAUAUUGAUAGGGUAAGCUUAUCAACACUGGACCGUGUCUUGCGCAGAAAUAAUCUGAGGAUGAAGCAGGUCUACAGGGUGCCAUUUGAACGCAAUUCAGAAAGAGUCAAAGAAUUGCGACAUAACUAUGUGCAAAGAGUCCUUGAGCUAGAGGUGGCUGCAGUGGAGCACCAGUUCAUCUUCACUGAUGAGGUUGGAUUCAAUCUCACAAAAAGACGAAGGAGGGGAAGGAAUAUCAUCGGCCAGCGUGCCAUUGUUGAAGUCCCUGGCCAGCGCGGAGGGAACAUCCCAAUGUGUGCAGCGAUUACCCACCAAGGCGUCAUCCAUCACCAUGCUACCCUUGGCCCCUACAACACUGCCCAUCUGAUCACAUUCCUGGACACCCUACACAACACGCUCAUUCCACCAGCUCAGGUAGAUGGCCCAGAGCAGCUCAGGUGCGUUGUCAUUUGGGACAACGUAAGUUUCCACAGGACUGCUCUGAUUCAUAACUGGUUCACUGCCCACCCACGCUUUUUAGUCCUAUAUCUCCCUCCAUAUUCUCCAUUCCUCAAUCCUAUUGAGGAAUUUUGUUCUGCCUGGAGAUGGAAAGUGUAUGACAGAAAUCCACAAACGCGUAUGUAGCAGCUGAUGCUUUUCAUGGCUGGAAUCGCCAUGCUAGGCGACAUUUCCCCCGCUGCUUGGCCAGGGAAAACAUUGCUUGUGACGUGGAUGAGGUGCUGUGGCCAGACCGAAACAAAAGAGAGGAUGCAGCAUAGUUUUUUUUUAUUUAUUUUUUUUAUUACAGUAUUAUUUUUUGUAACUGUAUACAGUAAAUUCUUCUGUUGUAUUGUAUGAAGACCACUGUAUGUGAAACGUUGUGUUUGUUUGGAAUGGGAUGUACACGUACAUUG